GGAGAGGGGCGAGGUGGGAGUUAAAUAGUCGGGCCACGAACUGAUGACCUUAUCGGGCCGCAGCUCGGUGACAGAGUCGCAAUCCAACGGUCAGGAGAUGGCGGCGUCCGAAGGCAGACGACCCCACGUUCUCCUCGCAGCGACCGGUAGCGUGGCUGCCAUGAAGUUUGCCAUCGUGGCGACGGGCAUUGCGGAGUUCGCCGACGUCCGGACGGUGGCCACGAAGUCGGGCUUGUUCUUCAUCGACCGGUCGGCCUUGCCAGCUAACGUUCCUCUCCUGACUGACGAAGAGGAGUGGAGCAGCUGGAGGAGACUCGGGGAUACCGUUCUGCACAUCGAGCUUCGGCAAUGGGCAGACCUUUUGGUGAUAGCUCCUUUGUCGGCGAACACGAUGGCGAAGAUUGCCAAUGGAAUGUGUGACAAUUUGCUGACUUGCGUGGUGAGGGCGUGGGAUUACACCAAGCCGGUGCUUGUUGCCCCUUCCAUGAAUACGAUGAUGUGGGAUAAUCCCUUUUCGGCAAAGCAUUUGUCCGUCUUGGACGAAUUGGGGGUCAGAGUUGUGCCGCCCAUUUCGAAAAAGCUGGCCUGCGGGGAGGUGGGAAAUGGCGCCAUGGCUGAGCCGGGCAUUAUCGUGGAGGCUGUGAGGUCGGCCGCGAAGGCUUUGCCGUCUUGCAAGGCGCAUUUCCUAAGGCACUAAGAUUUCUUCAUCUGUGAGAACGCUUGCUUGCCCCGGCCGCUUGCGGUCGCGAUUCUCUCUGUUCUUGUUUGCUUCUUCCUCUUCUCCUUCUCUCCUUAAGUCUUUCUUCUUCCAGUUGUUGUCGGUGGUGAUGGUGCAUCUGCUGUUCUCAUCCGAUGGCGACUAUGCACACCCAGCCUGAUGAACUCUUCCUCUCUCUUAUCCAUCCUAUUUUUGAAGUUCCUCGCCCGGCGUACGCCUGCAUCCUCCAUCCUGGGAGCCCAAGGAGCGAGGGGAGGAGCGAGGGGAGGAGGAAGGGGUCAGGAGGGAAAGGGGAAAAGCGAUCAAAGAGAGAAAGAGCCGAUGGCAAGGGUGCGCAGUUCCUCUCCCCGUCGUUUUCUAUGGCCCGAAGCCGAUGGCAAUGCUGCAAUGCAAGUCAUGGCGAACGCACCUCUGGCAUUGGCGUUCUUUGUUUUGUAUAUUCCUUCUCAACUUCGGAUAGAGUGGACAGAGUAAAGCUGCCGUCUUUGAUUGAUUAGCUUUCGUCUUUUUUUUUACUUUGGUGCAAUCCGUGGCUUCGUGUAUGCUCGUUGCUCUUUUUCCCACAGCGUUUGAACAUACGUUGACCUUUUUACACGUCGGGCUGAAGGCUACUUUUGUUGUUGUUUGGGUUGAAAGUGAGUCGUGAUUGGUGAGGGUCAUAACCCAUAACCCCCCCUUUCUUGGGGGGAAGAUGUGAAGAAGGUAAGGAAGAAUGGUGGUGUUUUCGAGCUGUUUUUUUUUUUUCCUUCUGAUUAUUGUAGUGAUGGAGGCACACGAGAUGGAGGGAUGUCCAUCAGGGAUGCUCUUGAGGUCGGAAAUGGGCACAUAACCCUACAUUGUGUCAGAAAAAUGGGCAUCUAUCUUUGACAAUAAGCAACUUGUUUUACUGUUAUGAGCAUUGCUGCUGCGGCUGACUUGGCGAUACUUGGAAAUAGUGAGAGAGAGGGAGACGCGAAAGGUCGGUGAGUGCUCUGACAAGCAGCAGGUCAGGUCAGAGGACGGCAACGAUGGUCUUUUGAAGAUCGGGCGAUUGUACUGUGGUCAUGCCGACGUCAGUUGAGAUCUGUGAUCUCGAAACAGUCACAGCUUAAAUGUGCAGUGAAGUAGUAGAAACGCGUGGGGAGCUGAGCUAUCCCCGCCGCUCAUGGCGAUGUGAGUAAAGGACGUCGGUAGACCGCUAGAUGAAAGAUGAAGUACCGGUUCGAUCGAUCCAACGCAAUGCAAUCAGUCUUUGUUGUGGGUUCUUGGUGCAGUUGUCGAUGGUUCGGGGUCUUUUGCAGACCGAGCGUGUGAGAAAAUCGCGAUUUCAUCUUAUCCCGAUCUUAUAUCUGUUAUAAUGGCGGGAAACAGGCCAUCGUAUCUGUUAUAAUGCCGGGAACCAGGCCAUCGUAUCUGUUAUACGGCCGGAAACAGGCCAUCGUAUCUGUUAUAUGGCGGGAAACAGGCCAUCGUAUCUGUUAUAAUGGCGGGAAACAARCCAUCGUAUCUGUUAUAAUGGCGGGAAACARGCCAUCGUAUCUGUUAUACGGGUCGUCUUGCUCUCCUCUUCGUUCCUUUCCCUGUUGUUCUCUUGUCUUUUCUCUUCUUGUCCUUGAGAAUGGAACUCUCUUUCCCUCUCUCUCCCUCUCUCUCCCUCUUUCUCCCUCUCUCUCUCCCUCUCUCUCCCUCUCUCUCCCUCUCUCCCUCUCUCUCCCUCUCUCUCCCUCACUCUCGGCCUCUCUCUCGCUCUCCCUCACUCUCUGCCUCUCUCUCCCUCUCUCUCCCUCUCUCUCUCUCUUUCCCUCACUCUGCCUCUCUCUCUCUUCUCUAUGCAGAUGAAAGUGUUUCUGUUGAUUUGUGAAAACUAACAUACGCUGUGGGCGCAGCGUUGGUCUCACGAGCGACAAAUGCUGAUGAUAUUUAUGUUAAUGGUCCAUGUAAUAUGCCGAUAUUGAAUGCCAGUGCUUCUGCAAAGAACAACAGAAAAUGAUAUCCGAUGCCCUGGCCGUGGACUAAGUGUUCGAGAGUAUAGAGUGAGAGGAGGAACCAGCAGAGGGAGUUCAUAUUUUGCCGGUGAGGUCGUCCCGAACAGGAUGCGCGAAUUGGAAACACGGAGAGAGAGAGAGAGAGAGAGAGAGAGAGAGAGAGAGAGAGAGAGAGAGAGAGAGAGAGAGAGAGAGAGAGAGAGAGAGGUGAUGAAGCUUUUAUAGUCUGAGUGAGGUAGCGCGCCUUUUCCUUAAGGGAUUGUGAUUGCUCACUGCAGUCUUAUGUGUGUUUAUUUUUCGAGCUGCCGCCCCUACCGGAGACGGUGAAUUCUGGCAGCUUAUGUAGGGACUGACUUUGCGGAUUGAACUUAUGGACAAGGACGGCAAGUGUGGCGACAGAUAGGUUGAUGGCAAGAGAAUGGUAAGUACUUCAUUUCUGGCCUUUCUAGUAUUGGUCACUUUAUUACUGGCCUUUCUAGUAUUGGUCACUUUAGUACUGGCCUUUCUGGUAUUGGUCACUUUAUUACUGGCCUUUCUAGUAUUGGUCACUCGUUAUGAGGGCGCUGUGAGAGUGUGAAUGGCGGCCGAUAUCGUGUAAAGAUCACUGCGGCGAAUCCACCGACAGAUUUGAGUGGAACCGGCGGUACGCGUGAUGUCGGGGAGGGGGAGGAAACGAGAGAGAUCACGGAGGAUGCUCUGUUGAUAAGCGCAGAGGAGCCGUCGAGGAGUCGUCCUGCUUACCGAAUGAAGAGGAGUGGUAGGUACCAAGUGUUAGGUAAAUGCAAUAGGCGCUAUACUGUGAAUGAUGCGGUGCGAGUGCGAGCGCAAUGGAGGAGAGGAGAGGAGAGGAGAGGAGAGGAGAGGAAAUCAGGGAAUCUCAUCUGGCCGGUCCACUGCGCUGCUUAUGGUAUUGGUAUUGCCUCACGUUAAUUAGGACUUCUUUUUCUUCCUUUUUUUUUUUUUUUUUUUUUAAUUUGGUGCUCCGAUCUC